AUGUCAGCCAUUGAAUCUGUACUUUUGAUUGGUGGGGCAGGGUUUUUAGGCUUGCAUUUGGUUCAGCAAUUCUGGGAAGUUUCCCCAAGACCAAAAAUAUAUGUUUUUGAUGUAAGGCCCCUACCGGAUAAGAUACCUAAGCAAUUCACAUUCAAUCGAGAGGAAAUAACCACAUAUGAAGGGGACCUGACAUCAGCGGCCGCUAUUGAAAUCGCUAUUGAAAAAAGUGGUACCAAAAUAGUUGUACAUUCUGCUUCACCAAUGCAUGGGAAUGGCCGAGAAAUAUAUGAUAAAGUAAACGUGCAAGGUACUAGAAAUGUACUUGAAGUUUCAAAAAAAUGCGGCGUUAAGAUCUUUGUCUAUACUUCUUCAGCAGGAGUUAUAUUCAAUGGACAGGAUGUGCAUAAUGCUGAUGAAUCAUGGCCAAUCCCCGAAGUUCCAAUGGAUGCCUAUAAUGAAACAAAGGCCAUUGCAGAAAAAAUGGUAUUGACUGCUAACGAUCCUGAAAGCAACUUUUUAACUAUAAGCUUACGGCCUGCGGGAAUUUUUGGUCCCGGAGACCGUCAAUUGGUUCCAGGUUUGAGACAGGUCGCAAAGUUAGGUCAAUCAAAAUUUCAAAUAGGCGACAACAAUAACCUAUUUGAUUGGACCUAUGCUGGAAACGUUGCUGAUGCACAUGUCCUGGCCGUUGAAAAAUUGCUGGACCCUGAAACUUCUUUAUCUGUCUCAGGUGAAACAUUUUUUAUAACUAACGAUACUCCAACGUAUUUUUGGGCUCUUGCGAGGUCUGUAUGGAAAGCUGAUGGUCAUAUCGCAAAAAGGGUAAUUGUCUUAAAUAGGCCUGUUGCUAUUGCACUUGGGUAUGUUUCGCAAUAUAUUUCGAAGAUAUUAGGUAAAGAACCUGGUUUAACGCCUUUUAGGGUGAAAAUGGUUUGCGCAUACCGUUAUCACAAUAUAAGCAAAGCAAAACGUUUGCUAGGCUACAUUCCUAGGGUUAGCCUUCAGGACGGUAUUAAGCGCACGUUAGAAUGGAUGGACGAAGAUUAA